AUGCUGAGAGUCCGGGAAAAGGGUUGCUUUGGAAUUUGGUCGUUGCCCUUAAUCAUAACAGUGGUGUGUGCGCAGAGUGCUAAUGAUCCCAGCAAUAUGUCCCUGGUAAAAGAGACCGUGGAUAGACUGCUGAAAGGCUACGACAUUCGGCUGAGGCCAGAUUUCGGAGGUCCCCCUGUGGCUGUUGGCAUGAACAUAGAUAUUGCCAGUAUAGACAUGGUGUCAGAAGUCAAUAUGGACUAUACCUUGACAAUGUACUUUCAGCAAGCAUGGAGGGAUAAGAGGCUUUCGUAUAAUGUAAUACCUUUAAAUCUUACACUGGACAAUAGAGUAGCAGAUCAGCUUUGGGUUCCCGAUACCUACUUCCUGAAUGAUAAGAAGUCAUUUGUACAUGGUGUCACUGUGAAGAACAGAAUGAUUCGAUUACAUCCUGAUGGGACAGUUCUCUAUGGUCUCAGAAUUACAACAACAGCUGCAUGUAUGAUGGAUCUACGAAGAUACCCCCUGGAUGAACAAAACUGCACACUGGAGAUAGAGAGCUAUGGCUACACAACAGAUGAUAUUGAAUUUUACUGGCGUGGGGGUGAUAAUGCAGUUACAGGAGUGCGAAAGAUUGAACUGCCACAAUUCUCCAUUGUGGACUAUGAACUUAUCACCAAGAGAGUUGUUUUCUCGACAGGUUCCUAUCCAAGGCUGUCGCUCAGUUUCAAACUCAAGAGAAACAUUGGCUACUUCAUACUUCAGACCUAUAUGCCUUCCAUUCUGAUCACUAUUCUCUCCUGGGUUUCAUUCUGGAUCAAUUAUGAUGCUUCAGCUGCCAGAGUGGCUUUAGGAAUCACCACGGUGCUGACAAUGACAACCAUCAACACUCAUCUCCGAGAAACUCUGCCCAAAAUCCCCUACGUGAAAGCCAUUGACAUGUAUCUGAUGGGAUGCUUUGUCUUCGUGUUCAUGGCCCUACUGGAGUAUGCAUUAGUCAACUACAUCUUCUUUGGCAGGGGACCACAACGCCAGAAGAAAGCAGCCGAAAAAGCUGCCAGUGCUAACAAUGAGAAAUUACGAAUGGAUGUCAAUAAGAUCUUUUAUAAAGAUAUAAAACAAAAUGGGACCGAAUUGCGAUCCCUGGAUCCCACUGGAAAUCUCUCCCCAUCUAGAUGGACUGCCAGUUACGAUUACUCUCUUAAUACGAUGGAUCCACAUGAAAACAUUUUGUUGAGCACGCUUGAAAUAAAAAAUGAGAUGGCUGCCUCUGAAGCUGUUAUAGGCCUUGGGGACCCCAGAAGCACUAUGCUGGCCUAUGAUACCUCAAGUAUUCAGUACCGGAAGGCUGGCUUACCAAGACACAGCUUUGGCCGCAAUGCGCUGGAACGGCACGUGGCACAAAAGAAAAGCCGGCUAAGGAGACGUGCUUCUCAGUUGAAAAUUAACAUCCCUGACUUGACUGAUGUAAAUGCCAUAGAUCGAUGGUCACGCAUAUUCUUCCCUGUUGUUUUCUCCUUCUUCAAUAUUGUCUAUUGGCUUUACUAUGUGAACUAA